AUGGGUCCUUUUAUAACAGAUGUUCCAAAGUCUGUCCUUCAAGAUGUUAUAAUAAAGCUGCCAACAAAGAGCAUUAUCAUGUGCAAAAGCGUCUGCAAGACUUGGCAUUCUCUAAUUUCGGACCCUGCAUUUGCUAAGCUACAUUUCGCACAAGCAGAGGCCUAUCCUAUGGUCCGGCCCGUGGAUCGAACAAGCGUGUCAAGAAACCUUUACUUGGUUGAGCCUGAAGAUAGCUCUGGUUUUGAUUUGAAGGACCAUGAUUGUAACCGGUCCUGUGUCCACAUGAAUCUUUCCAAAUAUAAAUUCCCAUUGUGUCAUGCUGAGGAGUUACUCAAUCACCAUAGGAAUGGUAAUGUGAUGCCUAGUCAUGAAACUGAAAGAGAGGUUCACAUGAAGAUAACAAAAAUUGAUGACAACAACGAGGAGGUGGAUUGGGGUGAAGGUAUCGCUUUCAUGAUGCAAUAUGAUCACAACAACUACAACUUGGUAAAUUCUUGUAACGGUUUGCUUUGCCUGUCUGAUUUUUUCAUGAAUUACCCUGCUGCUGUGUGCAAUCCAAUAACCGGUGAAUUUAUAAACCUUCCCCAUGGUCCUAAACAUGAGAACGCAAUGACUUUAAUUGGUAGUGGAUUAGGUUUCGGUUCAAGGACUAACGAAUAUAAGGUGGUGAGAAUUCUUAAGGAACGGACACCUGACCCCAAUAAGGUGGCUGAGAUACACACCCUGGGAACAGGUUCAUGGAAAUCUGUUGGCACUGCUCCCUGCUCAGACUCUCAGCAAUCAUUCCCCACUUGUGUGAAAGGAAUGCUUUAUUGGUUUUGCAAUGAGUGGACAGGUUGUAGUGUGAUUUCAUUUGACUUGGAUACUGAAGAGUUCCAAUCGGUUCCAUCACUGCCUUUUCGGGAGGGCGGUCGUGAUGUGAGCAUGGGAGAUUUGGGAGGUAGCCUUUGUCUGUGUAAAACUGAGAGUUUUGAAAUCAAUGUGUGGGUAAUGAAUGAUUCUGGUCCACAAAAACUUUGGAUGAAGAAUAUAUCGAUUCGUACUGGUUUUCGUCGAAGGUGGCCAGAUGGCGUAUACAUACCCAUGAAAUACUUUGAGAAUGAUGGUCUGUUGAUGUUUAAUUCUCGUCUCAAUGCCUUCUUUUACUAUCACCCAGGAAACCACAGUCCAUUCAUUUAUCUUAAGCUUCGAGGGAUGAAGAAGUAUUCAUCUUCUGAGGCAAUUAGUCAUGUUCCGAGCUUUAUUUCGCUCAAGGAUAUUCUGGUGGGGAAGGAUGUAGAAAUACUGAAUAUAAAUUCAAGGUGUGCAGUGCUGAAGCUACCCGGAGAGACCGAAGCCCUAUCUCUGGUGGAAGAAAAUGCCAGUUCGGCUUUGGUUAAUUUGGUGAGUGAAAAAUUUAACUACAUGUCUGCCCUGAACACAGAACUAUGA